AUGGGGAGCGCCGAGAGCAGCGAGUCCCGCAGAGUGACCUUCGGCAUGGACGAGGAGGAACGGGUCCGGGUGCUGCAGGGCAUCCGGCUAUCCGAUCAUGUAGUUAAACGGAUGAAGGAUCCCAAUCAGCCUUCAAAAGUGGAGCAGCCAGCACCUCCACCUCGCAUGACUCCUGCACCUCCUGUAUUCGAUUCUCUACAAGGCAAAGCCAAGGCCCCUGAGAAAGAAUCCAAACCACCAAGCUCUGAGAAUAGUAAGGUACAGCAGCCCUCAGGUGGGAAGGAAGACCUACUCAGGAGGUAUCAACAGGUGCAGGCCAUCAUCCAGGAUGAGAUUGUUCAGUUGGCCAAAAGAGAAAGAGAGGUAGCCGCCAAGCACCUGAAUAUGGCUCCUCAGCAGGAGGGAAGCAGCAGUGACCAGGAGAAGAGUUCGGCCCAGCUGGCCAGAGAGCUGGAAAGCAGAGAGGCAGACCUCCAGCGCCGUGACUUCUUCUGUAAGGAGCAACUGAGACGCAUUGAAAAGAAGAAUGCUGAGAUGUAUAAAAUGUCUUCAGAGCAAUUCCAUGAAGCUGCUUCAAAACUGGAGAGCACAAUAAAGCCCCGCCCUACAGAGCCGGUGUGUGCAGGGCUGCAGGCUCAGAUCCUCCGCUGCUACCGUGAGAACCUGCAGGAGGUGCUGCUGUGCUCUGACCUGGUCAGGGCUUACCAGCGCUGUGUCAGUGCAGCCCACAAGGCAAUAUAUGACUAUGGGGGAAGACACUGCAUUAAACAAGUCCAGCACGCCUGA